ACAGAAACAGAAAACAAAUGUUUUUUGUGAUUUAGGAAGUAUUUAACAUGUCAACUGUAAAAGAGAGAGUUAAUGCUCCAGGAAAUUCUACCCAAGAUCUGAACGAAUGGACUACGGAGGACGAAGUUCAACUAAUUUUGGCUUUAGCCGACUUAAAGCCAGUUGGUAUAAAUAAACAUUUUUAUAUGGCUGUUAUUGCUGAGAGAUUAUCAAAUGCGCUUAACAGAGAAAUACCGACUGAAAGCAUAUGGUCUCAUUUGCAUACAUUGUAUAACUUAGAAAUGCUUGAUGAAUUGGAAUCUUUACCAUUUCCUAAUGAAGAACAAGAAUUUUCAUUACCAGAAGACGAAUAUGGAUUAUUAAUAUCAAAGAAGAAGGAAGAGUCUGAGGAAAAACGAUUAUGUUUUGACGUGCCAGCAAUCAAUCGACCCUCUAUUAUUGCUGUCGCUACAGACAAUGGUUCCAAAGAAAAAUCAUCACCAAAACCAAUUGUUACUCAAACUAUAAAGGACCUAGAUAAAAAAUUUACAACAAAAUUAUUAGAAGUUCCUAAACGGAGCAUGAAACGCACAAGAGGUUCUUCAAGUUUUGAGUCAAUUAGCCCAUCAACUACGCCUCCUCCAGUUAACAACAGUAAGCGUCGGCGUAUAUAAAAUCAAGAAUAUAGUGUUAAAGUUUUUAUAUAUUAAAAUACUUCAUAUAUAAGUCUCAUUAUAACAAAAAAUUACUAAUUUUGUCUUAUUCUGUCACUUGUAUAACAUGUUAUAU